AUGGAAGGAAUAAGAAGUGGUCGUGGCCGUGGGCGAGAGACUAGACCGGCCCAACCUCAUGGGGAUGACCAGGGAUCGGCAACUAGACCGACCCAGAGACUGGAGAAUAUAGAGAGAAAUCAAGUGGCUACUAUCAUUAAUAGGAUGACUGAUAUCCUAGAACGCUUAGCUGAUAGACAAGGUCCUGGACCACUUAACCAGCCCGGGGGCCAGGAUAGACGAGAAGAUAAGGCUUUGGAGAGGUUCUUGAAGUUUAACCCACCUAAGUUCACUGGAGAGCCCGACCCCGAGGCAGCUGAGAACUGGGAGUGGUACGUGCCUGGUGGGUUGAUAAGGGGGAAGUGGGAAAGAGCGCAGACCCCUUGGACUUGGGAAAACUUCACGAGGGAAUUUAAUGAGAAAUUUCUCCCACCAUUGAUUCAAGAGAAAAGGGAAGAUGAAUUUAUAAAGUUGAGGCAAGGAACUUCUAGUAUAGCCGAGUAUGAAGGGAAAUUUACUAAGCUUUCUAAGUAUGCUCCAGAAUUGGUGACUACUGAACGAAGGAGGAUAAGGCACUUUGUACAAGGACUUAAUGUGGAGAUUCAGGAGGGUUUAGCAGCAGCCCAAAUCUCUACGUUCACUGAAGUCUUAGAAAAAGCACAGAGAGUCGAGAGUGUCAGGCUGCAAGUUAGAGACUUUCACGCUAAGAAAAGAGGCACUUCUAGUAACCCUUCUGGACAGGCAGAUAAGAGUGCCCCACCUUUUAAAAAGGGAAAAGGAACGGGUGGAGUGGAGAUAUCUGUCAUACCAAAAGGGACUCAAUCAAGAGGGGAUCGCAAUGGACGAGGUCAAUCUAGAGGGACACCUCCAAGUGGUCAAUCUGUGGCUCCCCAAGUUGUUUGUGGUUAUUGUGGCAAGCUCAACCAUACAGAGAGUGAUUGUUUUAGGAAACAAGGGAGGUGCUUGUAUUAUGGUAGUACUGAGCACCAGAUAUCGAAAUGCCCAACUGUGCCAAAAGAAGGAGGUAGUAUCCAAAGGCCUGAAAAGUCAGCCGCUAAGCAGUCUAGUGCUGGAGGAAGACGAUCUAAAGCACCAACUAGGGUUUAUGCAUUAGGCUAUCAACAGGUUUCCAUUUCUGGUACGGUCGUUGAAGAUAAACAAAAACCUCAAGGAGAGAAAUGUACAAGAGGAGAACUCAGUGUUACCUCUGUUGAUGCCUUGGCAGUCGAAUCACCGUGA